AUGAGCCUGAACAUCGCCCCUACACGAGACUACGAGAAGUGGGAGCUCUGCAGCACUCGUCUGGGGCACUGCACACAUUGUACAAACACAUCGCCCAUCUCAUCAUGCAUUCGGGCAGAGACGGUAGGGCAGGAACCCAAGGCCAACUUUCCCACGCUCGUCUCGAUCGCUCGGGAUGUUGGAUCGGGUGCCGCAAGUACCCGAGCUGAUUCGCCGAUCCGCUGUCCACCCCGUGAAGAAAGUCUCGACCCCACCGACUCAGCAAGCAAGCAAGCAAGCAAGCAAGCAAGCAAGCAAGCCCGCGACCGCGAAGCCCGCGCCUCUGCCCCGCCUCGCCUCGCCGAAAGAAUGGCCUCACCCUCAGGCAGCCGCGAAGCCCGCGACACUUGCGACGUCGAUCUCAGCCAUGUCUCGAGCUCGUUCACUGGAGCGUCCGGAGCAACAGCGGCAACAGGGGCAACCAACGACCGACCGCCGCCUCCGCCUCCGCCGUCGCCUCUGUCGCCUGCGUUCAAGCCAUCCGAGCCCUUCACGCUGUACGAGGGCUACUCCCCGUCCCUGUAUUGGGAGGAGCGGAACCGAAAGGGUGAGACUGGUCCUUGGGCCGCCGUUCGAAAAGCCCGGCAGCAGGAGGCGGAUCUGGGUGCGUCCAGAGGACGUGAAGGGGCUCGUCCAGGUGCCCAGGCGUAA